AUGAUAUCUGUAACGUUAACCAACGACAGCGUGCGUGACAAGUUGUCAGACUUGGGAUUAAGCGUUUUCAUAGGAAAUUUAAAGAGAGCGAAAAAAUUACUAAGAAAUAAUGACAUAAAUAGCAAAUUUUUGAACAACAACAGCUUACUCCACAUCUGCGCUCACAAUGAAGACACGAACAUGUUCUAUUUUCUGCUAAGCAGUGGGUGCGACUAUAAGCAUGUUAAUGAAAACGGAGACUCCUGCCUGCACAUCAUCGCGCUAAAUAAUAACAUUUACUGCCUGGAUAUCCUCUGUCGGAGCAGCAUCAAGGAGAUCAUUGACUUAAAGAAUAAGGAAGGAGAUACGGCUUUACACAUUGCUAUUAAAAAUGGGUUUCCGGAAUUUUUUACCCUACUGAUAAAAUAUGGCGCAAACGCGAGCAUAAAAGACGACUUCGACAUGGACGCUUACGAAUUGUUGGACCUCUACAGGAAGAAGGAAAAAUUUUACGAUUGCAAUUCGAGCACAUACGCGAACAUGUUUGAUUUUUUAAUAACGAUGAAGAAGGAGCGUUAG